ACAGCAUUUACUUUCCUUUUCCGGUGUAGCGUUGAUUUCAGCUGCUGGUGCUCAUCGAAGUAGUAGAAGCUGGUCGAGAAAAUGGGUGAGAGCGCUGAGGCUGGGCCAUCUCUUCCCGACAAUCCAUUAGAUACUGAGCAGAUACGUAGAGAAGCACUGCAUCGGUGGUUUCUCCCAGAUGAAAUAUGUAAAAUUAUUCAGAAUCAUGAGAAAUUUGGAAUUACCUCAGAACCCCCUGAUAAGCCACAAAGUGGUUCAUUUUUUCUUUUUGAUCGGAAUGUGCAAAAACGCUUUGGAAACGAUGGACAUAAUUGGAAGAAGAAGGAAGCCCAUCAGAAGCUCAAGGCCGGAAGCGCUGGUAAUUUGAAUUGCUACUAUGCCCGUGGGCGAGAGAAUGAAAAUUUUCGAAGACGUCGUUGUUGGAUUCUUGAAGGGGCCUUUUCUCACAUUGCUUUUGUCCACUAUCUCGAAAUCACGGAAAAAAUGGAAGAUUCUAGUUGUGUUAAAGAGACUCAAGAAGCAGGUCCAUAUUCCCAAGAAACCAAAAAUAUUAUGCCCAAUUCUGAGAUUGACGGUUCUAUGCCUUCCAGUUCUCAUCUAAAUAAUUGCUAUGUAACUGAAAAUACUGUUACAACGUGGGUGAAUUGUGUGCAGGCAUUGGAACAUGAAAGUGCUUCAUCAGAAUACAAUCACCAACCAAGUUCUGGAUUGCACUCGGGUCUUGAACUGCCACAUUCUGCUGCAGAAAACAUUGAUGCCGGAGGCUCUGAUCCUUAUGGUCCUCUGUUUUCUCCAACCAUUCCUUGCAUAGAUUUGCCCCCCACUCAACCAGACAAGGGCAAAAGUGAUAAUGAUGCUGAACUAGCCCAUGACCCCUGGAGAAGCUUUGAUUAUAUGUCAUGGAAAGAUAUCUUGGAUAGUUGUACUGAGUCCAUUGAGGAUCAAUCGUUGUUUUCCCCCUCAUGUCCUGAUAUCAUGGGUAAGUUUUCCAGCAACAGCAUUGUUGAAAGGCAGGACUUUGGGGUGCAUUCGCAGAUUCAAAAAGAAUCUGAGGCUUCAGUUGAGGAUUCUUCAUCUUUAUCUAAGCAGCCAAUGGAUCAGAAGUUACAUUCAGACUCAGCAUGUGAUACAACUUCUAAAUUUCAUAUGGAAGAAGUUAAUCACCUUGCAUUAAUGAAUUCUAUUUACCCUCAGCUGAAACGUCCAGAUAUAAGAAAUGAUAAUUUAACGGAAAAUUUCUUUCGGACACUGCUAUCUAAUGAUGAAUAUGAUUAUGCUCUACAACCAAAUCCAGAUGGCUGCUUCAACUUGGAGGGAAAAUCAAUCCACUCUUCGGAUACAGAGCAUUUGUUUGAUGGUAUUUUAACAGAAGAAGGUUCAAAGAACAUGUUUAGUUCUGGGGCCAAUGGGGAAACAGGUGAGAAUGAAAAUGAGAAUGAUGUUUCCAGCAUUCCCCCUGAAGGGAAAUUGGAUGUCCAAGAUAUAAAUGCUGCUGAAAACUAUAGUGACAGUGCUGAAGCAAAUCUUCUUCCACGUUUUGUUAAAAUGCUGCGGUCAGGCUCCAGUGCCACUAAUUCUGUCACCAGCAGCUUAGAGGAUGCAUCCCAGUUGAGCAGUAAAAUCAGUUCAUUGCUGAAAGAGGACAACAAAGAAUUGGACCAGAUGAAGACUGGUUCAGGAAUGGAAUUUUGCUUAGAAAAAUUAAAGGACCAGCUGCUGCAGAAGCAUUUGAAAGAGAAGUUGCAUGAAUGGAUCUUACAGAAGGUAGCUGAAGGAGGUGAUGGCCCUCGUAUAUUGGAUGAGGGUGGACUAGGUGUUCUACAUUUGGCAGCUGCACUUGGCUAUGAUUGGGCUUUGGAGCCUACUAUAGUUGCUGGUGUAAGUGUUGAUUUCUGUGAUGUGAAUGAAUGGACUGCACUUCACUGGGCAGCAUUUUGUGGCAGGUGAACACCUCUACAAUUCUUUUGAAUAUUUCUUUAAUGUGUACCAUUUCCUCUGUUUGUUUAUCUUUUCCCUUUUUGAGUAUUUUGCUGUUGUC